AUGGGUUCACGAGGAGCCAAUAUUGUAAUUUCAAGAGCUAACCGAAUUAGGCAAACUCUGCAGUCUGCUCUGGAAGCAAGUGUUCUAGAGAUCGAAGACGUUUCCUAUAAGCAUGCUGGCCAUGCAGGCGUCAAGGCAGGUGAAAAUGAGACUCAUUUUAACAUUAAGAUUGUCUCGCCCAAGUUUGAUGGCCAGAACCUAGUAAAGCGUCACCGAAUGGUAUAUGAACUUUUAGGCGAUGAACUGAAAUCUGGCCUUCAUGCUAUCUCCAUUGUUGCCAAAACUCCACAGGAGACUAGCCCAGCAAAUGUCUAA